UUUGUAGCUCUUAGAAAACGUCGUCUUUACAGUAUUGUUAGCUACAAACAAAGUCGCAGCCUGAGGAACAAGGUACCAACAAGAGAGGCGCAGCUGAAAACUUGGCACAGAGACAAAGAUGUUUAACCAUCACCAGCAGCACCUGCGGCAGCUCCAGCAUCUAUUCCAACAGCAACAACAGCCACCGCCGCAUCACCACCAACACCACCACCAAGGAGGCCGGCCGAUGCAGCCGCCGCGUCAGCCUCCAGCCCCCCGCAUGGUGAACCUCUGCUCUGCCAGUCAGGCAGCCUUUCUCAGCGCUAACCCCAUGCUUCAGGGUGCCCUGCUGAUGCAGCAGAUGCAAGGAAACCUGCGCGGUUUUGCCGUCAACGGUCAGCAGUUCCAACAGUUCCAGCAGUUCCAGCAGUUCUUCCCAACUGGGGCAGGACCGUCUCUUCUAGGACCAGCUCCCAUGGGAGUCUCCAUGAAGACCCCACGUAUGGGCUUUCCUGGUCACCACUACCACCCACACAACAGGAACUUCAGCAAGGAUUUUGCGAGAGCUCAUGACCGAAAGAGGGAGAUGGAUCUGAGGAUCCAGGCCAGAGCCAGUGAUGCAAGGCAGGAAGGGGGAGCCGAGGGAGAGCAGAGCGAGAGAGCUGCAAACCGAGAUGAAAGGGCUGCAGAUCCAGAGAGCCAGGCUGAGCCUUCAACAGAACACCAGGAGGAACCAGCAUUUAAAAAGCAAAGACUAGAGAGUUCUGAAGAGCAAAUAGGGGAGCAGUCUGUUGCUGAUGAGCAGCAUGCACAGAAUGCUGAAGACGAAACUUCCAAGGAAGAGGGAGAAAGGGAUUCAGGAGUGGCUGCAGAGUGCAUUCUUACAGAAGAUGGAGUAAUUGCAGCUGAACCCGAGGCAGUGGAGUUUGCUGAGGUCCUGGGUGCUGGCGGCUCUCUCAAAGUGACGAUCCAGCAGAGCAGUGAAAGCCGAGCCAUCAGCACAAGGUCACUAGAGAGUGCAGUCAGGAACAGUGACACUGAUGCAGAAGCAGCAUCCAAAUACUACUGUUACAUCUGCAACAUCACUUGCUGCAACCAGCAGAAUUUCCAGAGCCACAUGAAUGGACUAGCCCACCAGCAGCGCAUGAUGGAGAUCCAGCACAUGAGCAACGCCUGCCUGGUCACCCUGCUGCCCAAAGUGAAGGAGUCACUGCAGGGGCACAGCCAGUCCAGGACAGAUGGAGAGAAUAGACACGCCCUGCAGCGCUGGUGCACCACUUGUCAGGUUUACUUCACAGGAGAUCUCAUUGCACAUCGCAGAACUAAGGAGCACAAGCUUUCAAAGCACUCGUCCCGGCCCUUCUGUACGGUCUGCAAGUGCCACUUCAGGACACCACGCAAGUUCGUGGAGCACAUGAAGUCCCUGGAACAUAAGCACAAAGUUGAGGAGCUGCGGAGCGUGGCCCGGGAGCACGGGGGUCCAGAGAACCCUGAGGAGCUGAUCACUGUGGAUGCCAUCGGCUGCUUCGAGGGAGAGGAAGACUACGAGGAGGAUCUCAGUGAGGAGGAGGAGGAAGAGGAGCAGUCUUCAGUGGAGACCCUCGGGGCUGACAGCCGGCAGGCAAGGAGAGAGGUGAUGUUAGAGGAGCUGACCGAGGAUGAACAGUAUGAUUCAGAGACACAGUACGGCUCCAGUUUCGUGGUCCCUGUAGCUGGAUUCCUCUGCAGGUUGUGCCACAAAUUCUACCAUUUCGAGUCCACGGCCAGGCUCUCUCACUGCAAGUCACUGAUGCAUUUCCAGAACCUGCAGAAGUACAGAGCAUUGAGGAGUCUCGAGUCAGCCGAAGCCCGGGAGCCUGGCACUGUAGUGGAAGAGAAUCCAGAUGACACACUACAGGUGGCUGGGCAGGAACUGGGAGCUGAAACUGGAGUCAACCUAUUGGAAAUGGACCCAGCAGACUUCAGUGGGACCAAUAGAGAGCAAGGCUAUGGUACUACUAAUUCAGACAGCAUGCCUUCCGAUAGAACAGGCUCUGAAAGCCCAAAUCCUGUCAAAAUUGUCUUUGACAGUCCAGAUCCAAUCAAAAGUGGUAUUGACAGCACAAACAUUGUCAAAACUAUCUCUAAGAGACCAAGCUCUGGUACAGCCAGUCUGUAUGGGCUCUCUCAAACAAAAAACAUCCUUCUGUUGGAAGAGGAUGCUGCACUUGGGGAACAAGCCUUAGACUUGAGCAGCUCGCCUAAUGACUGUAUCAGCAAAGAAUCUGAAGUGCUUGAGGAGCAAAUGGAUAGAAAUCCUGAACAGUGCAAGGACAUUCCCCAGACUGAGUGGCCUGUGCAGGAGCAAGAUGAAGACAAUGUAGAGGGAGAGCAGGACAGACCCCAAGCUGAGGUGGAGGAGAAAGGGGAAACGGAGGAGCCAGGGAACAUGAUAAGCGAGGGAAGCAGCGCAGAGAAAGAGGGGGAGGAAGAGGGGAGCGAGAGGCCAGCUGGGUGGCAGCCCCGUGGAGCAGGAGCCAACGUUAGCAAGAGACGCUCAACACGGACUAGGAGAUCUCGAUAAAUUUUGUGAAAAUGGGGAGGCAGGUGAAGGGGUCAUUUCUAGAUAUUUUAAAACCAAAUUAAUUUCCAGCUAGAAUGAUGGCUUCACAUGCUAAAGCACUGGAGAUCAUAUUCCACUCGUCCCACACGAGACUUCAGGGUCCACUUUCUACAGUGUACUCAUUUAAGCAUCAUAUCAGUGUUGUAACACCAAAGUGGUGGUGUUUUAAUUUGUUUGAAAACAAAAAAACAUAACCUAAAAAUCUGAAAAAACAACUGGUUUAAACCAUUCACAUGGUAUAGUUAAUUCGUAAGCCUUUGAGAUAAGGGAGGCCAGGAAUUGGGUUGAUUUGGAGACUGCCCCAUUCUUGCAAGGCAGUGUAGGGUAGCUACGGUAACCCUGCCCCUACCUGCUUGUACUGUAGAUAGCAGAAUCAAAAAUUAGUGCUGAUAGGGGUCUGUGAAACCAGUCUCCACUGCUGCCGAUCCCGUGCCUUUCAUGAAAUGAAUCUUGUUCCAUAUUCUUGCACUUCAUUUCACAUUGCUGUUCCUAGAAAAGUGGCUUAUUCUCAAGUGUACGAGCGGCAAUACUAAACGCAGCCUCGCUAGCAACACUUGAUGCUGGAACACACAUGGUCAUAAAUUAAUGUCUUUAUCAAUCUCACUCUCUCUAUAUGUUCGCAUCCUGUUCCAAAGUACUCCUUUUGGCCUGAGAAAACACACUUUGCAAAUGAAAACUAUCAUGUGAGAGAAACUCACCUUCUGAAAUAAGCAGAUGGUUCUUUGUAAUCGUAAUUAAUAAAAGGGCCUUUAGACAAGUCUAAAAGAUCAUGUAAACGGUUCCUAUUUGUGUUGUUUUCCUUACUCUUGUAGCAUAUACUUCAUUGCGAAGUAGCGUUUUACUCAAACUAAUGUCAUAAUGGCUGUAUUCCUCCUAUAGUGAGGAAAGUGCUGCAUUUUAAAUAGUGAGUCUGAAGCAAAAACAUUUGUAAUUUUGUUAGUUUACUAUAAUUGGUGAUCACAACCCCAACGAGAAAACGAACCCUUUGAAAAUGUGCAGGGUACUAACUGUACUGUCCAAGUGACUACAGUGCAUUGCAAUGAGGUCUUAUUUCACUGCGAGCCAGCUGAAGUGCAGCUCUGCUGUUGAAAAAGCACUGUAUUGUCAGGCACGGUGUGGUAAAACUUGACUUUAGAGAGGUCCACAGAAAAGCUAAGCCACUGCCCUAGACAUGGCCAGGAGAGAGGAUGGGGGGAGGGGGGGGGAUGUAGAAGAAUGAGAAUUUAGAAGCUGAUAAAAAAAACUGUGUUCUUUUUUUAGA